GCUGGAACAUCUCGUUUAUUCAUCCGUGAACGUCACAUCUGUGAGGAUCCUUCAAACUUUACUGCAGUGAAACAAAGACUGGCUGAGCAAACUGUUACAGACAUAAGCGGGACCAGAGUGCUGUUUGGGUUUCUGGGGGUAACGGUGACGAGGACUGGAGACACAAGGAGGCAGUAAGGCGUCACCAGGAUGCCAACUGUCGUAACACGCCAAGGAAGUAGUAGAAGAAGACGACGACGACAAGGUGCCGUUUAUUCAGUGGCCGGCUUCAGGUUGCACAGACGCUCCACCAGCGCACAAUGCCGUCUCCGAUCCCUGCGACCCGGCUCCUGCCCAGUCAUGUCUGCCCCUCUCUGGACAUCGGGACCUGCAGCAGCCCGCUGACCAAGCACUCCCACGGCUCCACCUUACAGGUUCCCGUUCAGCGGUUCCACGGCAGAGUGGCCAGCCGGCUCUGGUCCACUGUGAUCCAGUGGAAGGAGCUGCGCUCCGUGCAGCCCGUGGGCUCCGGAGGGUUCGGCUCCGUCUACAAGGCGGAGUACUUCGGGGAGACCGUCGCGCUCAAGAAGGUCAAGAAGUGCGCCAAGAACAAGCUGGCGUCCCGCCAGAGCUUCUGGGCCGAGCUGAACGCAGCACACCUGCGCCACAGGAACAUCGUGCGCAUCAUCGCAGCUACCACCUGCGUGCCGGCGGACUUCGGAGACGAAAGCAGCAUCGGAACGAUACUGAUGGAGUUUGUGGGGAGCAGAAGCCUGCAACAGAUUAUCUACGGAGGUGCGGAGCUGCUGGCGGAGGACAGGUGGCUCAGAUACGCCACAGACAUUGUGCACGGUUUGCAUUUCCUGCACUCAAACGGCGUUGUGCACCUGGACAUAAAACCAGCCAACGUGCUGGUGUCUGCUGAGGAGCUCUGUAAGAUCGCAGACUUCGGUUGUUCCCUGAAACUGAACCAGGGCUGCGAGGUGAGCGCGCUCAGCCCCCACCUGAGCCACGUAGGCGGCACGUACACGCACAGAGCCCCGGAGCUGCUGAAGGGCGAGGGGGUGUCUCCCAAAGUGGACAUCUUCUCUUUCGGGAUCACGUUUUGGCAGCUGAUCACCAGAGAGCAGCCCUACUCUGGCGACAGGCAGCACGUGCUUUACGCGGUGGUGGCGCACAACCUGCGGCCGCCUGUUCACGGCCACCCGGUGUUCCGGUCGGAGACGGGACGGCAGUGUAGGACUCUGCUGGGCCACUGCUGGAGUGGGGAGGCCCGCAGCAGACCAAGUGCUGAGGAGCUGCUCCCUCACCUGGAGCAGCUGCGCUCCCGGAAAUGAGCGUGUUUAGCUCCGGUUGUUUAAUGUGCUCAAAUAAACCCAACCCCGGCUACUGACCCGGAACAGUUACUGGCUGGGGGGGGUACAUUAUUAGUGUCCUGAGAAAAAGGCAGACGACUCAUUUUAACUCACCGAAUCCAGAUGUUGUGAAUUCACUCUUAUUUGCUCUGAUGGGAUUUUAAUGAUUUACAUGAGAUGUGGUUUUAUUAAAAUUAUUUUUAUAUUAUAUGUGUAAUAAAAAUGGGUUAUCGUUUCACUCUUAGUGAGGUAUGUCAUGUGUUCUUGGUCCUCAGGCUGAUACUGAUAUUUACUGAUGGGUUCGUCUCCGUGUCAUAUUGUAGAAGAACAUUUAGGAGAACCACCGUAAAGCUGUGCUCUGCUUGAUUUGAAACCACAGGUAAAUUAAAAUGUUAGUCAAUAUUAAAAUACACAAAGGGGAAGGCCCUGCUGAUCUGUGGCAUACUGGACUGGCCCUGCGUCACCUCUGUACAGAUGAUGUAAGGAUCUUCACAUCAGGUCACUCUAAAAUGUGUUG